CGAGGGAUGGAGCCCGUGUAAAAGGUUGUUGAUUUGAGCGGAGCGCAGUGACAUCUGCAUAAAUGGGCGUUCCGGGAUUCGCGCAUCUUGCUUGGCGCUGCCACCGUGCCAGGUGUGUUUAACCUGCGGCGAGGGAUGCAGUCGCGGUUGUCAUCAUCAAAAUGUGUGGGAUGCGAACUACGACCUGGAACGAGAAUAAAUUACCAUUAAGUGAAUGCUGUGAUAACGACACCAGCAGUUUUCUGUCACAGGUAUAAAGGCACUCGUUGACGCACUAAAUAUACGGCUUCCGAUGUCCCAAAUCUCCGAGAAGAUUUGUCUCUCACGCAGUCUAUGGUGAGGUGAGUGGAUAGCUUGUUUUGACAACUUCCAUCCAAAGGUUUAGGAGAAGAACCAACCUAUGAUAAGGUGAUGGGGAGGCUGAAACACAUUGAUGCAUUUAUGUAGGCACUGUAUUGCUGUCUUAUUUACUGUUUUACGCACAAAGACCAUUGAGAGUUUUGCAAUAUUACGGACGUAUUUUAAGUGGAAUAGCCAGCUAAUGUAGCCCGCAUAGUGAAUUUUAUUGGAAGUCAUGCUACUCCAGCGUCACUGUGGUUUCUUGGACAAUACGACAUGUAUUUACACAUUACCUGGAAAAAGUGAAUUCUCAAUUACAACAGAGAAAUUAAACUCCGACCAGAUCCAGUGAAUAACUCAAUAUCAGAAAUCUCUGUUCGCCCAUAUUUUCUCCUGCAUUAGUGAUUGUGAAACGAAGCAAAACCAAAGACACACUUUCAGAUCAGUGACGAACCACAUCAAAAAGAUACAGUAUGUCCAGAACACUGAAAAAGAAGAAACAUUGGUCCAGCAAGGUGCAGGAGUGUGCGGUGUCAUGGGGAAGCCUCGGAGAAUUCGGCAAUGUUGUGGAGGUGCUGGGGGGUGCCGAACACGGAGAGUUCCCUUACCUUGGCCAGAUGAAGUUGGAUGUGAUGUUGUGCCACGUCGGUACAAUGCCCUAUUUUGGUGACGUUUUGUUGGAGAUCAACGGAACACCCGUCAGUGGACUUACAAACCGCGACACGCAUGCUGUCAUUCGCCACUUUCGGGAGCCCAUUCGUUUGAAGACCGUCAAACCAGGGAAGGUUCUGAACACAGACCUGCGCCACUACCUUAGCCUGCAGUUCCAGAAGGGCUCGUUGGAUCACAAGCUGCAGCAGGUCAUCCGAGACAACCUCUACCUGCGCACCAUCCCCUGCACCACGCGGCUGCCCAGAGAACGGGAGGUACCGGGUGUGGACUACAACUUCAUCAGCGUGGAAGACUUCCGUAUCCUGGAGGAGAGUGGCCUUCUGCUGGAGAGUGGAACCUACGAUGGUAACUACUAUGGGACCCCAAAGCCCCCAGCGGAGCCCACACUGGUGCAGCCUGACCUGGUGGAUCAGGUGCUGUUUGAUGAGGACUAUGACAACGAGGUCCAGCGUAAACGCACCACGUCCGUCAGCAAGAUGGACAGGAAGGACAGCGUGGUCCCUGAGGAAGAAGACGAUGAUGAGAGGCCACCUCUGGCCAACGGCCUCCCAGAGCACAAAGAAGGGGCAUCGUGGAGGAAGGCGGUGCCCAGCUACACCCAGUCCAGCAGUGCCAUGGACUUCCGUAUGUGGAGCUCUCUGACCGGCGAUGACAGCCUGGAACCCCUGCCUCUCAACUGGGAGAUGGCCUACACUGAGACGGGCAUGGUCUACUUCAUAGAUCACAACAGCAAGACCACCACCUGGCUGGACCCCCGCCUGGCCAAGAAGGCCAAGCCCCCAGAGAAGUGUGAGGAUGGAGAGCUUCCGUAUGGCUGGGAGGAGAUAGAGGACCCACAGUAUGGAACAUAUUAUGUAGAUCACAUCAACCAGAGAACCCAGUUUGAGAACCCAGUCCUGGAGGCUAAGAGGAAGCUGAGUCAGGAGACUACUGUCUCUAUCCAGCAGGGGGCACCACCUCCUCCAGGUGAGGGGGGUGCGUCAGGCUUCACCCCAGACCCGUCCCAGCUGCAGGGGGAGAUGUUCCACACUGCUCUGAGGAAAAGCUCCCAGGGCUUUGGCUUUACCAUCAUAGGGGGCGACCGCCAUGACGAGUUCCUGCAGGUGAAGAACGUCCUCAGCGACAGCCCUGCUGCCCAUGACAACAAGAUCUCCUCCGGCGAUGUGAUCGUGGAAAUCAACGGGAAAUGUGUGCUGGGGAAGACCCACCCUGAGGUGGUGCAGAUGUUCCAGUCCAUCCCAGUAAGUCAGUAUGUUGAUAUGGUGCUGUGCCGCGGCUACCCGCUGCCCCCAGACGUGGCGGAGGACACCGAGAACCCCCCACCUCCUCCGCCCCUACAGGGGGGCGAGGUGGUGACGGCCGUGCCCCUCAUCAAUGGCCAGCCCCUGCUGGUGAAGGGCGACGUGCUGCACGGCUCCUCCCAGGAGCUCCACUAUGUCACCACCGACGCCAGCGGACGGCCCAUGGUGGCCGCGCUGCCCAACGGGAGGCUCUCUGAGCAGGGGGGAACAGGCCUGCUGCAGCCCGAGCUGGUGAGCGUGCCCCUGGUGAAGGGCCCGGGAGGGUUUGGCUUUGCCAUCGCAGACUGUCCCCUUGGCCAGAAGGUGAAGAUGAUCCUAGACGCCCAGUGGUGCCGCGGCCUGCAUAAAGGGGACGUGAUCAAGGAGAUCAACCGUCAGAAUGUUCAGACUCUGAGCCACGCCCAGGUGGUGGACAUCCUCAAAGACCUACAGGUGGGGAGCGAGGUCAACGUGCUGGUGCUCAGAGGAGGUCAGGCAUCUCCUGUGAAGAGCCUGAAACCUAGGCAGGAAAUGACAUCUAGCACAGAGACUCUGGACUGUGUCACAGACUCUGUCCCCCAGGCCCUCCCUUACCACUCCAACACUUCAACCCUGCGCAACAACUCCCCCAAACGAGACGCCACAGAGAUGUACCUCAAGUCCAAGGCCCUGCUGGAGAGCAAGCAGCCUCACACCAAAGACCUGGAUGUGUUCAUCAUGAGGGACCAGGAGACUGGCUUUGGCUUCCGUGUUCUGGGAGGAGAAGGUCCAGAGCAGCCAGUGAGUACCGAAGUGUAUAUUGGUGCCAUCGUGCACCUUGGUGCAGCUGAGAAGGAUGGACGCCUGAGGGCUGGUGAUGAGCUCAUAGGCAUAGAUGGAAUCAUGGUCAAGGGCCGUUCCCACAAGCAGGUUCUGGACCUGAUGACCAACGCUGCCCGCAAUGGUCAGGUCAUGCUGACCGUGCGUCGGAAAGUCAUCUACAGAGAUAUGACUGAGGAGGAGGCAGGGCUCCACAUGGCUCCAGUGUUGGUGAACGGCUCCCCCAGACUCCCUCGUAUCCAGAUGCCCAGUGUGGUGGACCACGAGUCCUUCGACAUCACCCUCCACCGCAAGGACAGUGAGGGCUUCGGCUUCGUCAUCCUCACCUCCAAGAGCAAGCCCCCGCUAGGAGUGAUCCCUCAUAAGAUCGGGCGCAUCAUCGAAGGCAGCCCCACUGACCGCUGUGGCCUGCUGAAUGUAGGCGACCGCAUCUCAGCGGUCAACGGGCGGUCCAUCGUGGGGCUGUCUCACAAUGACAUUGUUCAACUCAUCAAGGAUGCUGGCAAUGCUGUCACCCUUACUGUGGUCCCCGAGGACGAAUACAAGGGCCCUCCCUCUGGAGCCAGCUCAGCCAAGCAGAGCCCCGCCCCUCAUCAUAGAGCUAUGGGUCAGAGGUCAGCUAUGCAUGACGAGCGUUAUAACCUAGAUCUGGAGGAGGAGAAGAGGGAGGGAGUUACCUGGGCUGACUACAAAACUCUGCCUUUGAGCGAACAGGGAACAAUGUGUGUUACAGGCCCCAAACAGGGCUGUAUCACGGUGGAGCUGGACCGGGGGUCCCGGGGUUUUGGCUUCAGUCUGAGGGGAGGGACAGAGUACAACAUGGGCCUGUACAUCCUGAGACUGGCUGAGGAGGGGCCUGCCCUGCUGGACAGCAGGAUCCAUGUGGGGGAUCAGGUAGUGGAGAUCAAUGGAGAGCCGACCCAGGGGAUCACCCAUACCCGCGCCAUCGAGCUGAUCCAGGCUGGAGGCAGCAAAGUGCUGCUCCUGUUAAGGCCAGGGCAGGGUCUGGUACAAGACAACAGUAAAUUGGAUCCAACUGUCGCUUCAUCCACAAGCUUUCCUAGAGAGGCGCUUGUCUCAGAGACAUCCCCUCUCGCUUCUCCAUUCUCCACCUGCACCUUCACCUCAGGUUCCUCCUCUUUCACCAGCGAGACCCCUGACUGGAACUCCCUGUCCCCCCGAACGCUCCAUCCCCAGUGCAGCAGGGGCACUGGCUCAGUGGAGUGGAAUGGAGAGUGGGCAGACAGGCAGGCUGACAGGCUCUCUCCCAUCACCCCUGAGCAGAUCAACCUCUAUAAGAUCAAACCAGGUCAUACCAGGUCUAAAGACUCCAAGGAGCCCAGCAGCCCAAAGAAAACAGGUGAAACAUUCUCUAAAGCCAAAGAGCACUCACAGAGUCCCAAAAAGUCUGAGAGGAAGGCACAGGAAGCAGAGCCAAGCAAAGACAGGAAGUCCCACCGACAGAAAGGAAGUCGGUCACCCAGCCCCAAGAAGUCUUCUCGAAAAAGACAGGAAGCCUCGAGCCAGCUGCAUGUAAAGAAACAGCAGGUACAGCAGAGCACAUCAAAGGAGCUUUCCAGCAAGGAGCCCUUUGAUGAAAACAAAAACAGCAAAAGGGGAGAUUCAAAGGGCAGGAAAAGCACAGAGGAGAGAGAAGGGAUAACGGGAACAACCACGGCUGCCCAUGGCCAGGUCAGUAUUGAAAAGAAAGUGGGGACAGAGGCAGGACAUCACAGGCCAACCUCUAUGGAGACAGGGGCAUGGAGAGCUAUUCUGAAAGUUACUCUAGAGAAGAGUAAACCUCGAGAUGGAGAAAAGGAAAAACGCAAAGAGCAGACAAGCAAAAAAUACAUCGGGGCUUCCUUAAAAGAGGGAAAGACUAGAAAAUAUUAUGGGGCCUCUACAACAGAGGAAACGAGUAUAAAAGACACACAGGCCUCUCCAAAUGCCAUUCAGCAGGAUCCUCUGAACCAAAAGGGUCAGAUUAGCCCUGGCCCCUGGAAAGUCCCCAGCUCAGGCAGAAUCCUCUCCCAGGCUGAGGUGCUGCGUAAUCCCCCUUACUGAUACAGUAUGGACAACACUGUGUGGACACAUAAUCACACAGACUUGAGCUGUACCACAACAUGCUGUAUAUUGUUUGUCUGUUUCUUUCUCCAAUGAGAGGGAUGGACAAGGAAUGGCAGGCAACCUUAUCGGCCAUGUGUCAUGUCCACCUGUGUCCGUGAAGAGGACUUUUUUAAGCUCUAUUGGCCUUUGACAUUAGGAAUGGCAUGUAAAGCCAACGCUGUCAUCUCUCUUCCUGCCUCGUGUGCUGCUUCAGACAUCUCUGAUCUGCGCCAUACGCAUGUUUGGAAUGUUUAGGGCCUAUUCUUGGACAUCCUGUGGAAUGAAUACUAACCAUACUUCACCCAUUAUAAUGCAAUUAUUAUCCCAUAUGCAACCAAGCAGAAAGGUCUUUAACACACACAAAGUUAAGCUGUCAGUAAAGGUUUUAUUUUCAUGUUGGGUAUCUACAUCAAGCACCUUGGGAUUGGCCUUUUCACAUGGAACUCUUUUCCCAAGGGAUUUGCUCAACUGCAUGCAGUCCGUACGUUUAUUUUAUUGCACGCCUUUACCACUCCACUGAGUAUGAUCCUUUCACCUGAUGUGAAAAUACUGAUGCCGAAGUUCUGACCUUAACACCAUGUAGAAAUUUCAGACUUUAUUCAGAAAGCAGUAGCUUUACGAAGGAUUCUAGACUGUUCUAAGACAAUAGACAUGAUUCGUGAAUACAAAAUAUAUCAUUACAAAAGACCAGAGACUUGUGGUUUAAGAUAUUGUUUACCAUGUGUAUGAUAACCUAUGUGUAAUUUAUUGAAAUUAUAGAUUAAUAUAGAUAUACAGUACCAGUCAACAGUUUGGACACACUUACUCAUUCAAGGGCUUUUCUCUAUUUUUGCUAUUUUAUACAUUGUAGAAUAAUAGUUAAGACAUCAAAACUAUGAAAUAACACAUAUGGAAUCAUGUAGUAAGAAAUAAAAGUGUUAAACAAAUGAAAAUAUAUUUUAUAUUUGAGAUUCUUCAAAGUAGCCAACCUUUGCCUUGAUGACGGCUUUGCACACUUGACAUUCUCUCAACCAGCUUCAUGAAGUAGUCACUUGGAAUGCAUUUCAAUUAACAGGUGUGCUUUAAAAAAAGUUAAUUUGUGGAAUUUCUUUCUUUCUUAAUGCGUUUGAGCCAACCAGUUUUGUUGUGACAAGGUAGGGGUGGUAUACAGAAGAUAGCCCUAUUUGGUAAAAGACCAAGUCCAUAUUAUGCUAAGAACAGCUCAAAUAAGCAAAGAGAAUUGGCAGUCCAUCAUUACUUGAAGACAUGAAGGUCAGUCAAUCUGGAACAUUUCAAGAACUUUGAAAGUUUCUUCAAGUGCAGUCACAAAAACCAUUAAGUGAUUUGAUGAAACUGGCUCUUGUGAGGACCGCCAGAGGAAAGGAAGACCCAGAGUUACCUUUGCUGCAGAGGAUAAGUUGAUUAGAGUUAACUGCACCUCAGAUUGCAGCUCAAAAAAAUGUUUCACAGAGUUCAAGUAACAGACACAUCUCAACAUCAGCUGUUCAGAGGAGACUGCGUGAAUCAGGCCUUCAUGGUCGAAUUGCUGAAAAGACACCACUACUAAAGGACACCAAUAAGAAAAAGAGACUUGCUUGGGCCAAGAAACAUGCGUAAUGGACAUUAGACCGGUGGAAAUCUUUAUUUUGGUCUGAUGAGUCCAAAUUUAAGAUUUUUGGUUCCAACCACGUGUCUUUGUGAGACGCAGAGUAGUUGAACGGAUGAUCUCCGCAUGUGUGGUUCCCACCGUGAAGCAUGGAGAAGGAGGUGUGAUGGUGUGGGGGUGCUUUGCUGGUGACACUGUCUGUGAAUUAUUUAGAAUUUAAGGCACACUUAACCAGCACGGCUACCACAGCAUUCUGCAGCAAUGCACCAUCCCAUCUGGUUUGCACUUAGUGGGACUAUGAUUUGUUUUUCAAGAGGACAAUGACCAACCACACCUCCGGCCUGUGUAAGGGCUAUUUGACCAAGAAGGAGAGUGAUGGAGUGCUGCAUCAGAUGACCUGGCUUCCACAAUUACCCGACCUCAACCUAAUUGAGAUGGUUUGGGAUGAUUUGGACCGCAUAGGGAAGGAAAAGCAACCAACUAUUGCUCAGCAUAUGUGGGAACUCCUUCAAGACUGUUGGAAAAGCAUUCCAGGUGAAGCUGGUUGAGAGAAUGCAAAGCGUGUGCAAAGCUGUCAUCAAGGCAAAGGGUGGCUACUUUAAAUAAUCUCAAAUAAGCCUCCUGGGUGGCGCAGUGGUCUAGGGCACUGCAUCGCAGCGCUAGCUGUGCCACCAGAGUCUCUGGGUUCGCGCCCAGGCUCUGUCGCAGCCGGCCGCGACCGUGGGGUCUGUGGGGCAACGCACAAUUGGCCUAGCGUCGUCCGGGUUAGGGAGGGUUUGGCCGGUAGGGAUAUCCUUGUCUCAUCGCGCUUCAGCGACUCCUGUGGCGGGCCGGGCGCAGUGCGCGCUAACUAAGGGGGGCGGGUGCACGGUGUUUCCUCCGACACAUUGGUGCGGCUGGCUUCCAGGUUGGAGGCGCGCUGUGUUAAGAAGCAGUGCGGCUUGGUUGGGUUGUGCUUCGGAGGACGCAUGUCUUUCGACCUUCGUCUCUCCCGAGCCCGUACGGGAGUUGUAGCGAUGAGACAAGAUAGUAAUUACUAGCGAUUGGAUACCACGAAAAUUGGGGAGAAAAGGGGGUAAAAAAAUAAAUAAUAAUAAAAGAAAAAAAGAAUCUCAAAUAUAAAAUAUAUUUUCAUUUGUUUAACAUAUGUGUUAUUUAAUAGUUUUGAUGUCUUCACUAAUAUUCCACAAUGUAGAAAACAGUAGAAAAUAAAGAAAAACCCUUGAAUUACUAGGUGUGUCAACUUUUGACUGGUACUGUAUAUACUGUAUAUAUAUAUACAUAUACACUACCGUUCAAAAGUUUGAGGUCACUUAGAAUUUUUUUGUCCAUUAAAAUAACAUAAGAUUGAUCAGAAAUACAGUGUAGACAUUGUUAAUGUUGUAAAUGACUAUUGUAGCUGGAAACAGCAGAUUUUUUAAAGGAAUAUCUACAUAGGCGUACAGAGGCCCAUUAUCAGCAACCAUCACUCCUGUGUUCCAAUGGCACGUUGUGUUAGCUAAUCCAAGUUUAUCAUUUUCAAAGGCUAAUUGAUCAUUAGAAAACGCUUUUGCAAUUAUGUUAGCACAGCUGAAAACUGUUAAAGAAGCAAUAAAGCAAUAAAACUUGCCUUCUUUAGACCAGUUGAGUAUCUGGAGCAUCAGCAUUUGUGGGUUCGAUUACAGGCUCAUAAUGGCCAGAGACAAAGAACUUUCUUCUGAAACUCGAGAGUUCCUCUGUCCAGUGUCUGUGGUCUUUUGCCCCUCUUAAUAUUUUAUUUUUAUUGGCCAGUCUGAGAUAUGGCUUUUUCUUUGCAACUCUGCCUAGAAGGCCAGCAUCCCGGAGUUGCCUCUUCACUGUUGACAUUGAGACUGGUGUUUUGCGGGUACUAUUUAAUAAAGCUGCCAGUUGAGGACUUGUGAGUUUCUCAAACUAGAUACUCUAAUGUACUUAUCCUCUUGCUCAGUUGUGCACUGGGGCCUUCCACUCCUUUAUAUUCUGGUUAGAGCCAGUUUGCGCUGUUCUAUGAGGGGACACCGACAACCGCCUGAUCACCGACAACGACGAGACAGCCUAUCGGGAGGAGGUCAGAGACCUUGCCGGGUGGUGCCAGAAUAACAACCUAUCCCUCAACGUAACCAAGACUAAGGAGAUGAUUGUGGACUACAGGAAAAGGAGGACCGAGUACGCCCCCAUGUGUCCACAUCACCAACAAACUAGAAUGGUCCAAACACACCAAGACAGUCGCGAAGAGGGCACGACAAAGCCUAUUCCCCCUCAGGAAACUAAAAAGAUUUGGCAUGGGUCCUGAGAUCCUCAAAAGGUUCUACAGCUGCAAAAUCGAGAGCAUCCUGACCGGUUGCAUCACUGCCUGGUACGGCAAUUGCUCGGCCUCCAACCGCAAGGUAAAUCACUGGGGCAUCACUGGGGCUAAGCUGUCUGCCAUCCAGGACCUCUACACCAGGCGGUGUCAGAGGAGGGCCCUAAAAGUUGUCCAAGUCCCCCGCCACCCCAGGCAUAGACUGUUCUCUCUACUACCGCAUGGCAAGCGGUACCGGAGUACUAAGUCUAGGACAAAAAGGCUUCUCAACAGUUUUUACCCCCAAGCCAUAAGACUCCUGAACAGGUAAUCAAAUGGCUACCCGGACUAUAUGCAUUGUGUGCCCCCCCCAACCCCUCUUUUACGCUGCUGCUACUCUCUAUUUAUCAUAUAUGCACAGUCACUUUAACUAUACAUUCAUGUACAUAUGUACAUACUACCUUAAUUGGUCCAACCAACUAGUGCUCCCGCACAUUGGCUAACCGGGCUAUCUGCAUUGUGUCCCGCCACCCACCACCUGCCAACCCCUCUUUACGCUACUGUUACUCUCUGUUCAUCAUAUAUCCAUAGUCACUUUAACCAUAUCUACAUGUACAUACUACCGCAAUCAGCCUGACUAACCGGUGUCUGUUUGUAGCCUCGCUACUGUAUAUAGCCUUGCUACUAUUUUUCACUUUUUACUGUAGUUUUUAUUUCUUUACUUUCCUAAUGUCCACCUAAUACCUUUUUUGCACUAUUGGUUAGAGCCUGUAAGUAAGAAUUUCACUGUAAGGUCUACACCUGUUGUAUUCGGCGUACGUGACAAAUAAACUUUGAUUUGAUUUGAGUAGUACCCAGCAUUGUACGAGAUCUUCAGUUUCUUAGCAAUUUCUCGGCAUGGAAUAGCCUUCAUUUCUCAGAAAAAUAAUAGACUGACGAGUUUCAGAAGAAAGUUCUUUGUUUCUGGCCAUUUUGAUCCUGUAAUCAAACACACAAAUGCUGAUGCUCCAGAUACUCAACUGGUCUAAAGAAGGCUAGUUUUAUUGCUUCUUUAAUUAGAACAACAGUUUUCAGCUGUGCUAACAUAAUUGCAAAAUGGUUUUCUAAUGAUCAAUUAGCCUUUUAAAAUUAUAAACUUGGAUUAGCUAACGCAACAUGCCAUUGGAACACAGGAGUGAUGGUUGCUGGUAAUGGGCCUCUGUACGCCUAUGUAGAUAUUCCAUAAAGAAAAUCAGCCAUUUCAAGCUACCAUAGUCAUUUACAACAUUAACAAUGUCUGCACUGUAUUUCUGAUCAAUUUGAUGUUAUUUUAAUGAACAAAAAAUGUGCUUUUCUUUCAAAAACAAGGACAUUUCUAAGUGACCCCAAACUUUUGAACGGUAGUGUAUAUAUAUAUAUAUAUAUAUAUAUAUAUUUAUAUAUAUAUAUUGUAUGUAUACUGUAUGUAGCCAUACUGGGCCAUUCCAUGUUUUGAUAUAGAGUUCAAAGGUUGCCCAGAAUCAUCUUGUGCCAUCCUUCUAAUGCAUUUUAGUGGUAGCAACUGCCAUGGGUCUUCAUCGUUCAUGACAUACAGUGCAUUCGGAAGGUAUUUAGACCUCUUGACUUUUUCCACAUUUUGUUACGUUACAGCCUUAUUCUAAAAUGUAUUAAAUUAUUUAUUUUUCUCAUCAAUCUACACACAAUACACCAUAAUGACAAAGCAAAAACUGUUUUUUAUUUUUUUUAUUUUAGCAAAUUCAUAAAAAAUAAACAGAAAUACUUUAUUUAGCUUAGCUUAGGUUUCAUAGGUUUUCAUACCCUUUGCUGUGAGUCUCGAAAGGUGCACUCGAAAGCUCAAAAGCUCAGGUGCAUCUUGUUUCCAUUGAUCAUCCUUGAGAUGUUUCUACAACUUGAUUGGAGUCCAGCUGUGGUGAAUACAAUUGAUUGGACUGGAUUUGGAAAGGCACACAGGCCAAACUGAGCAAUCUGGGGAGAAGGGCCUUGGUCAGGGAGGUGACAAAGAACCCGACUGUCACUCUGACAGAGCUCCAGAGUUCCUCUGUGGAGAUAGGAGAACCUUCCAGAAGGACAACCAUCUCUGCAGUACUCUACCAAUCAGGCCUUUAUGGUAGAGUGGCCAGAUGGAAGGAACUCCUCAGGCACCUAAAGACUCGCAGACCAUGAGAAACAAGAUACUCUUGUAUGAUGAAACCAAGAUUGAUAUCUUUGGCCUGAAUGCCAAGCGUCACAUCUGGUGUAAACCUGGCACCAUCCCUACGGUGAAGCAUGGUGGUGGCAGCAUCAUGCUGUGGGGAUGUUGUUCAGUGGUAGGGACUGGGAAACUAAUCAGGAUCGAGGGAAAGAUGAACAGAGCAAAGUACAGAGAGAAUCUUGAUGAAAACCUGCUCCAGAGAGCUCCUUAUCUCAGACUGAGGCGAAGGUUCACCUUCCAACAGGACAAUGACCCGAAGCAGACAGCCAAGACAAUGCAGGAGUGGCUUCGGGACAAGUCUCUGAAUGUCCUUGAGUAGCCCAGCCAGAGCCCGGACAUGAACCCAAUCAAACAUCUCUUGAGGGACCUGAAAAUAGCUGUGCAGCGACUCUCCCCAUCCAACCUGACAGAGCUUGAGAGGAUCUGCAAUGAAGAAUGGGAGGAGCUCCACAAAUACAGGUGUGCCAAGCGUGUAGGGUCCUACCUAAGAAGAUUCAUGGCUGUAAUUGCUGCCAAAGGUGCUUCAACCAAGUACUGAGUAAAGGGUCAGUAAUUUUUCUGUAUUUUAUUUUUUAUACAUUUGAUCAAAUUUCUAUAAACCUGUUUUUCCUUUGUCAUUAUGGGGUAUUAUGUGCAGAUUGAUGAGGGGAAAAAAUAAUUAUGUAUUUCAGAAUAAGGCUGUAAAGUAAAAAAAUGUGGAAAAAAUAAAGGGGUCUGAAUACUUUCCGAAUGCACUGUUUAUACAGUGCAGUACUACAUGCAGACUGCCAUAUGUUUCAGAAGUUGCCAUUGCUCUAAAUGUGUUAUUGUGGAAAAAUAUGUGAACGUCGUAAUAUUUUACAUAAACUACUUGUAGCAUUACAAUAUAUAUUUUUUAUGAUAAGCUUGAUUCCUUUGAAAAUAACCAUUUGUUAUGCCUAACAUUGUUGCCAAUGCAUUACAGUGCUAUUAGCAAUGAUUUUGAUAAGUAACUUCUCUGUUAUUAAAUGCCAAAAUGAUUGCUUAUUGAUAAAAUUACCAGAACCAUGCAUGGCCGCGGGAAGCUGUUUGGGGGGGGGGGGGGGUCUUUUUGUCCCCGCUCUGCUGAGGAGAAUUUUCUCCGCUCAUACAGGAGUAAUAAAGCCUGAGUUCUUCUUUUUUCUUCUUUUUUUUCUUGUGAUUUAUUUACUUCCUGCGACUAUGGAACCAUGUCCCUUCAAGUAGUUUUACUGUUGAUGGCCAAUAUCAUAAUUUCAAAUUGUAGUUUGUCUGCAAUGAGUUUUGGUAUGUGAGAGUUUUGGUAUGUGAUUGUGUUAAACACCAGAUUAGGCUAAGUAAGGCUACAUUCAGACAGAAAUGUUAUAUCGAAAACUGAUUGUGUGUAUUGUUUUUGUAUGGGGUCAUACCUUGACGGACAAUGGAGUGGACAUAAGUUGUGUCAAAAGUUGAAAUUAAGUUAGGAUCAAGACAUGUUUAUAACUGAGCUCAGGGAAUGCAAUAAAGUAGCAAAUGAUGACUGGUGAUGAAGUUACAAUUUAAAGCCAGAUUUGACCGGAUAUCAACAUUGCUCUGAAUUUGGUCCAGUGUGUGAUGAUAGAAAGGUCUAGGCCUCUGAGUGGACAUACUCUAUUCAUUAUGAGCCAUCCAGUGGCAUUUUCUGCGCAAUAGAUUGUUGAUUGUAUGAAUGAGCACCCUCAACCUCCAGUGAUUCUUGAAGCUGCUAGUAGCAAGCAAUUACAUGUUACAGACUGGAAAUAAAUAAUUCAUAUAUUACAGUACUUACGUAUUCUGCACCAUGGUAUGGCUCCUCAAAUUAAUUUAUACCCAGUCUCUUAUCUAGUCUCUGUAUCAUAAUGUGGCCUUUCAUUGCUUCAUUAGAAAAAACGAAUCCUUGUGGUCUCUACAUUAUGUGGGUACAGUAGUUGUAAAUGUUUGUAUAUUGUACAGCACCUUUAUAAAAACUCGCUGAGUGCUCUUUCGGGAAGAAAAUAGAGAUAUAUAGAAAGCUCCAUUAUUUUUUUAUUUAAAGUAGAUUAAAAGGAAAUGAGUUUGACAUGGUGUUCUGUUCAUGCACUGAAAAAAAUAAAGUUUUACUGAAAACA